AGGUUUGUAUGAUGUCUAUCAGAUAGUACUACUCUCCCUAAUGUAGCAUGUUUCCUGUGAAUGAUGAAAAGUGAGGGUGUUCAUUUUCCCGUCGAGACAAUCAGAUCAGCACUAAGCAAGUUUAAUAAGAAGAAUGACAACAGCGACUCCAGCAAAAAGGUAGCCCUGUUAUCACACGAUGACUCAGCUGACUCGGGAGAUGAGUCCUACUGUGAAAAGAAGAACCUGCUGCUCCGUGACGUCACUCUUGGAGACUUGUCAGAUAAGGAAGUGAGGCCGUGUUAUCAGGAGGACACUGAUAGUGAUGUUUCUGAUGAUAUCUUCAAUGAGCGGGACAAUGUUACCGCCCUGAGGGACUACUGCAAGACAGCUACAGAUAUAUCACACGACGUUUGUGAUUCGCCUGGAGGAAGCUGUCGAGACGAGGAAGCAGAGAGGGUAUCAAACAGAUCGGAGACACCGGAGACACUGUCCUCAAACCAGGUUAUAUUGUACCAAUCUAUCGAGGAUGGAUCAAUUGCUCUGAAGGCAGACGAUGACAUUCAUGAGGACAAGGGCUAUUACAAAGACUUUUAUACUGACACAGAAAUUCUCAGCGGUGUCUCUUUUAAAAUGAAGUAUUUAGGCUCGACCCCGAUAACUCCCGUGAAAUACCAAGUUGAUGACGUCAGAGGUCAUCAAGCGCAGGAAGCUGUGAAUACUAUAGUGGGAACAGGGAACUCUAAAAAACGGCCCUCCAACCCAGUGAUAUUUACGGUGUCGGCCUCCAAACUGCUAGUAUACGACGGUAACAUGCAGCAACUGUUGAUGGAACACCCCAUAAAGCUAGUAUCCUACGUUGGUGAUGUGGGCUCUUAUCUGGUGGUGAUGGUGAGGUAUCAGAACCACGAGGAGAAGCAGGUCUUCAGGGUUACCUGUCACGUGUUCCAGUCUAAACACAGUCAUCAGGUAAGAGCAGCAAUGAACAAGGCCUUUACUCUGUCGUAUAACGACGUCAUCAGAAAGUCCGGACAGAACGAAGAAACACUUCUUCAGUGUGCUUACAGCGAGGUUCUCAGCUGCCAGAAACGUGCUGAGGAGGACAUCGCUGACUUGCUGGACUCCAGUAAACACAAUCUCGUGUCCAUCAUCAAGCGACCCCAGGAGGGGUUGGGAUUAUCCCUGAUCCCCUCCGGACCUGGAUCUAUCAUCCCCACAAUCAUCGUAUCCAGCAUCAAACCCGCCUCCCCGUCUUACAAGACAGAACAACUCAAUGUUGGUGAUCAGAUAUUGGAGAUCAAUAAGAGGUCACUCUGUGGACUUACCUACGAAGAAACCCUGUCCUUUAUCAAAUCUUUAUUGUCGACUACAAAACUUGAGUUCAAAGUAGUUCCCGGUAGUCCAGUUCUUGUAGUGGAGCUAAUCAGACCAGACUUAAAGUACCCGCUGGGUUUCAGCGUUAAAGACGGCCAUAUCACAACUUUAAUCAGAGGGAGUAUCGGGGAGCGGGCCGGCAUCAGAAUUGGGCACCGGAUAAUUGCAAUUAACGAAGAAUCGACUGUAACCUCAGAUCAUGACACUAUAGCGGGGAUAUUAUUAUCAGAAACUGGCAGACUUGUCCUUAAGACCAUGCCCAGCCCCAUAUUUGAUCUCAUGUUGGGUUAUGAGACGCCCUUGUAUUUGUAGAGUUUUUAGUCGUUGCUUUUUUAUUGGUUUAUUUAUUGGCGUAUAAUCCCCGUGUUAGACGUGGUUCCUGUGUUUUUGCGGGAAAUAUAAUUGAAGGCUGAGUCGGACAGGUGAGAGUUAAAGCUGAAAUCUCUAGAUUUUUGCUAGUGUCUAAAGUUCUAAAGGUGUCUAAAGUUCUAAUAAAGUUCUAUAACGGCAAAAUGUGUAGAAAUGACCUCGCGGGUUUUUCUUAUUCUCAACUUAAAAAUGUCUUAGAGAGUUAAAUACUUCAAUUUUGUUUAAUCUCUCUAAACCUCAUGGUGCAAUGUUGGCAUAUUUAGUAUUUACUGACGUUUUAAUGUUCAUCAUUUUAUGAAAAUACGGAGUGCCAACUAUUGAAUUUAUUGACGGAGUGUAACUUUUAUUAGUACCCAAAACUCAUAAAAAUAACCAAUUUUGACAAAAUGGUACUACGUUUUAUCAAUAACAUGCUUUUAGCUAUAUCUCGGAGACAAUUUAUCACGUUUUCUUUAAUUUAACCUGAGGGAACCCUAACUAGCAGUUUAUUCAUUUUUAGGGGUCGUUCACAUAUUACGUAAAACUGAUAACGGAGGGGGGAGGGUGGUUAAAAAUGGUCAAAAAAGUGAUUACGUAAUAUGCGAACGACCCCUUACGAAUACGAAGGUAUAUGUUUUAUCUUCUUUCACAUUUGGUCAAACUAUAUGAAGUAAAUGGUUCUUAAUCAUCGCUUUCCAAAGGGUUUAACACUAACUUUUGAUUGUGAAUAAUGCUAAUCAUAUUUUAAUUUUUAUCUUUGCCCUCUCUUGAUA